AUGACUGAAGGUCCAAGUAUUGGUGCUGAACAACAAACACAACAACAACAACAACAACAACAAACACAACAACAAACACAACAACAACAAAGAUCUCCCUCAACAAAUUCAUUUGAAGUAAUUUCAAGUAAUACAAUUUCGAGUUUUUCUGAAAGCGAUUCAAUAAAUAGUUUUGAAUUGGACGAAGAAGUAAUGGAUAAUACAAAUUCAGCACAAGAUCAAACAUUUGAAGAUAUAAAUUCUACAACAGAUAAUAUAGAAAAUACAAAUGGUGGAGAAAAAGAAAAAAACAACAAUAAUGAUAAUAAUAAUGAACAAGAGAUGAAACCAAUUGAAGAAGCAGAACAACAACAACAAAUACCAGAUCUCACCAGAGAAGAUAUUCAAAAAUUGAAAAAAGAAAUUAAACAAACUUCUUUAGUAGUUGGCGAAAAAUGGGCAAUAAUUAGUAACAAAUGGUAUAGUAAAUGGUCAGAAGAAAUAAACAGUAGAGAGGAAUUAGGACCAAUAACCAAUGAUGAUAUUUUACAAAAUGGUGAAUUAAGACCAGGCAUUAGCGAAACAACCAGCUUUACAUUGGUUCCAGAAAAAACUUGGAUCAAAUUAAAGGAAGUCUAUGGUGGUGGUCCAGAAAUUAUUAGAAAAGUCAUUAGAGGUACAAUCAAUAAUAAUAUUGAUCUUCGUAUUCCAAUCUCUUUAAAAUUCUUUAAAUCUUCUGAUACUAGUAAUAUUGUUCAAGGCUUUGCAUUUAAAAAUGAAACUAUUAAAGUUAUGAAAGAAAGAGCAUGUAAAGUAUUUAACUUGGAUCCAAUUAAUAUUAGAAUUUGGGAUUUUUAUAAUCAAACUAAACAUGCAGAAUUAAAAGAUUUAGAAUAUGUAUCAAAUUCUCGUUUACUUGAAGACCAAUUAAUUUUAUUAGAAGAAAAAUUAGCAAAUGGUAAAUGGCCACAACAACAAUCAGAUAGAUAUUCAAGUGGUAAUACAAGAUGUGGUGAUCCAAGACCAGGUAUAACUGGACUUGGAAAUUUAGGAAAUACAUGUUUUAUGAAUUCAGCUUUACAAUGUCUUAGUAACACCUAUCCAUUAACCAAAUACUUUUUAUCGAAACAAUAUGAAAAUGACAUCAACAAAACCAAUCCUUUGGGAUGUCAUGGCGAUUUAGCCACUGAUUAUGCCGAAUUAAUCACUGAAAUUUGGGAGGGCACUUACAGCUCUGUCUAUCCACGUAAAUUUAAGGGUCAAAUUGAAAGAUUUGCACCACAAUUUGCUGGCUAUCAUCAACAUGAUUCACAAGAACUCUUGGCAUUCCUUUUGGAUGGUUUACAUGAAGAUUUAAACAAGGUCAAAAAGAAACCAUUCCACGAGGGUAAAGAUUAUGAUGGUCGUCCAGAUGAUGUAAUUGCCAAAGAACAAUGGGAAAUGCAUAAAUCAAGAAACAAUAGUGUCAUUGUCGAUUGGUUCCAAUCUCAAUUGAAAUCAAAAUUGGUUUGUCCAGUUUGCCAAAAUAUUUCAAUCACCUUUGAUCCAUUCAUGUAUUUAUCACUUCCAUUGCCAUCAGAGACCAUCAAACAAUUUAACUUUAGUUUCUUGAAUAAAGAUUUCAAAAUCACUCAACACGAAAUAAGCGUCUCUUCAAAUGCCACAGUUGGCGACCUCUUAAAGAAACUUUCCGAGGAAGUUGGUGUCUCUCAUAACAAUAUGGUUUUCACUGUCAUUAUGUACUCCUUGAAGAUUUAUGAACAUGAUGAUAAAUUGGGUGAUAAAAACUUUACACGUGAUACUAUAGUUGUUUAUGAAAUUGAUUCUGAUCCAACCUUUACUCAAGUUAUGGUGACUUCAAAACAAUCAAACUUUAGUUUAAUGCGUAUUCCUUUCAUUCUUUCAGUACCACCAACAAUUAAAUCACAAGAAGAACUUUAUAAAUUAAUUCUUAAUAGAUUAUUUGAUUUCAUUAAAGAUAUGGAUACAGUUUCAGAAAUUUUCGAUAGUAAUCAAUCAUCACAACAACAAGAGGAUGAGGAACCAUCAGAACAAAAUAAUAAUAAUAAUAAUAGUAACAAUAAUGAUUCUUCAAAUAAUAAUAAUAUUGGUAGUGCAAGUGAAUCAGCUGGCGAUGAUGAUGAUAAUGGUACAAGUAGUAGUGGUAGUAAUACUUUUAAUGCAGGUAACGUUGUGAUCAAUAAUUUCACUCAACAACGUACAAACUCUUCAUCAUACAGUAGCAAUGGUUAUAGUUCUGGAUAUGGAGGAUAUAGUGGUGGUGGUGGUUACAGUGGUAGUUAUAGUGGUGAUUAUAAUAGAAUUCCAAAGGAUCCAAGAUUCAUUUUCCAAAUGGUUGAUAGUUCAAACCGAGAGAUCAAACCAUUGACAUUCCCAUUAAGAACCCGUGAAAUCACAUUGGCAUGGGAAGAUCCAUCACAAUACUUUGACUAUGAAACCAUUUCAAAUGAUUUAAACAGAAGUGGUGGUUGUCGUGAUAUUCCAAUGCAACGUGAAGUCAACUUGGAACAAUGUAUCAAAUUAUUCACCACUGAAGAACAAUUGGGACCAGAAGAUCCUUGGUAUUGUAGCAAGUGUAAAGAACAUCAAAGAGCUACCAAAAAGUUUGAUAUUUGGUCCUCUCCACCAAUUCUCGUUGUUCAUUUGAAAAGAUUUAGCUACAAGAGAUCUCACCGUGAUAAACUUGAUACUCUUGUCAAAUUCCCAUUCAAAGAUCUCGAUCUCUCUCAAUAUGUAUUAAAUAAAGAUCAACCAGCACCAAUCUACGAUUUGUUUGCAGUUUCAAAUCAUUAUGGUUCAUUAGGUGGUGGUCAUUACACUGCCUUUGCUUUAAAUGAACCAGAGGAUACUUGGUUCAAAUUUGAUGAUUCUCAUGCCUCUGAAGCAAAUAUAAACUCUAUCGAAUCUGAUGCCGCCUAUGUACUUUUCUAUCGAAGAAAAGAUACUUAUGAUAAAAAUUUUUAUUUAAAUCAACAUUUAGGUGAAGUAAUUUUAAAUAAUAAUGAUAAUAAUAAUAAUAGUAAUAGUAAUAAUGAUAAUAAUAAUAAUAAUGAUAAUAGUAAUAAUAAUAAUUUUAAUAAUAAUAAUAAUAAUAAUAAUAAUAAUAAUAAUAAUAAUAGUAAUAAUGAUAAUAAUUUAAAUAAUAAUAAUAAUAAUAAUACUGAUGAAAAUAUGAAUGUUAGUGAUUCAAAUACUACUACAACUACAACAACAACUUCAACUAUCGCAACUCAAGAAGGUAAUACAAAUAAUGAAUAA